GUUACUCCCUCUACUAGGUAUAAAACGUUCAUUUACCCAGUUUCCCAACGAUAAAAUUUUCCCGUGAAAAUUUUCCUGUGCAUUACAAAAUUCUGACGAGCAUGGAACCGUUUCGCCUCUUGUUUUGGGAUGCUUCCAGCGAGACCAUAUGGUUUGCCAGUCGAUCAGUUCGAAAUUCCAUGACAGACAUGCUGAAAUAGAGAACUGCAUGCCUCCAAGCUCUCAAUGCAAUUCUGCCGAGCGCCAGCAUAGACUUUUCAGAAAUACAAGCCUUCAGUCCACCGAAGACAAGCCCAAUGCGAGAGAUCGCCAUAGUCGCCAGACCACACAUCGCUCGGCCAAUCGACUGCGCAGCAGAACGGUCUUUGUACAACAAAUCGUAAAACUUCGUACGACGUCGAAGCAUGCAUGGAAGUAUUACCGAAUUACUAAGCCGUAUGCGUUGAUCCGGCAUGAAUUAUCUGAUGCUGAAUCUGUCAGCCAAAAUCUGACGACGAGCAACAUGCCCAUCGAUCUGGUGCCCUACCUCCGGCGACGUGAGAUACUGACAGAAGACAAGGUGACUCUCCAACGAACGAAGAAGACGCGGCCCAAUUAGAUAACAUCGAAGUAACUUUUAACAAUGGGCAAAUUGUCCGCAUGUCCGCCGAAUCAGGAGGACAACAUGACGACCAGAAUCCAAAGUACCAGGUAGUGGCCAAGCAGCAAAUUCAGCUCUCAAAAAACCCCUUCGGUUAUUCCGUUCGCUCGUGUUGGAUGGUCUGGCCAGCUUUUUGAAAAGCCACACCAA